AUGGACUGCACCUUAAACGGUAAGGGCAAGAAACUUCUCAGUUAUAAAAUUAUGGAAUUGUUGGUUGCAGCUCACAGAAAUAAUAUUAACAAUGUGCUGAUAGCAGGAGAACCACGUUUAGCUUGCCAGCCACAUGCAAUAGCUCAACAAACCUUAUCAACUGUAGCAGCAGAACCGACACUAUCUACUGAUAAAACAAAGAUGUCACCAACUCCAACAGCAAUGUUACCUUCUCUAGAAACAACAGCAGUUACAGAAGAAGGUUUAUUGUCACCCCAACAAACAUCACAACUACUAUUACAAGAGUCAGUUGUUAUGCCAGCAUCACCAAUGACAGAAGCAUCAGCCUCCACAACUUUGGUAAAAGAAGAAACUAUAGCAAUAGCAGCACCAAUAGAAGACUCCUGUGCCCCACCAUCAACAUCUCAACAGGCCACAACCAUAGUCACCAAGGUCCCAUCUCCAGCAUCAUCUGAAGGAGCAGAAAAAGAAGAGAUGAACAAUGAGACACUUUUUUCAAAGCUUAUACCAUCAACUGAAAUGUCUGCUUCCACUUAUCCAAGAAAAAGCCAUAGAAGUAGAAGACCUGCUGUUCACAAAGACAUAUGGGAUCAGAGCCGCAUCAAGAAACAGAAGAAAGCACAAUGCCCAACCUCCUCGCCAGUGCCCAACCUCCUCGCCAGUGCCCAACCUCCUCGCCAGUGCCCAACCUCCUCGCCAGUGCCCAACCUCCUCGCCAGUGCCCAACCUCCUCGCCAGUGCCCAACCUCCUCGCCAGUGCCCAACCUCCUCGCCAGUGCCCAACCUCCUCGCCAGUGCCCAACCUCCUCGCCAGUGCCCAACCUCCUCGCCAGUGCCCAACCUCCUCGCCAGUGCCCAACCUCCUCGCCAGUGCCCAACCUCCUCGCCAGUGCCCAACCUCCUCGCCAGUGCCCAACCUCCUCGCCAGUGCCCAACCUCCUCGCCAGUGCCCAACCUCCUCGCCAGUGCCCAACCUCCUCGCCAGUGCCCAACCUCCUCGCCAGUGCCCAACCUCCUCGCCAGUGCCCAACCUCCUCGCCAGUGCCCAACCUCCUCGCCAGUGCCCAACCUCCUCGCCAGUGCCCAACCUCCUCGCCAGUGCCCAACCUCCUCGCCAGUGCCCAACCUCCUCGCCAGUGCCCAACCUCCUCGCCAGUGCCCAACCUCCUCGCCAGUGCCCAACCUCCUCGCCAGUGCCCAACCUCCUCGCCAGUGCCCAACCUCCUCGCCAGUGCCCAACCUCCUCGCCAGUGCCCAACCUCCUCGCCAGUGCCCAACCUCCUCGCCAGUGCCCAACCUCCUCGCCAGUGCCCAACCUCCUCGCCAGUGCCCAACCUCCUCGCCAGUGCCCAACCUCCUCGCCAGUGCCCAACCUCCUCGCCAGUGCCCAACCUCCUCGCCAGUGCCCAACCUCCUCGCCAGUGCCCAACCUCCUCGCCAGUGCCCAACCUCCUCGCCAGUGCCCAACCUCCUCGCCAGUGCCCAACCUCCUCGCCAGUGCCCAACCUCCUCGCCAGUGCCCAACCUCCUCGCCAGUGCCCAACCUCCUCGCCAGUGCCCAACCUCCUCGCCAGUGCCCAACCUCCUCGCCAGUGCCCAACCUCCUCGCCAGUGCCCAACCUCCUCGCCAGUGCCCAACCUCCUCGCCAGUGCCCAACCUCCUCGCCAGUGCCCAACCUCCUCGCCAGUGCCCAACCUCCUCGCCAGUGCCCAACUUCCUCGCCAGUGCCCAACUUCCUCGCCAGUGCCCAACUUCCUCGCCAGUGCCCAACUUCCUCGCCAGUGCCCAACUUCCUCGCCAGUCCAGCAGCAGGUUAA